AUGUUGGAGAUCAGGGAGGUCGACGCUGCCUCCGGUAACAACGUCGGCCAGGAGAUGAUCGAACAGAUGGUAGAAUUCUUUCUGAGGCCACCCCCACCAAAGGAAUAUAAGAACAUGGAAGAAUUCCUGCUAUACCGGCAUGUGGAUGCUGCGCUCCCAUAUGUUUUGAGCUGCGCCAAAUUUAGUCUCAACUGCCCCGUUGAUCUCACCAGUGCUCGCCUGGAGAGAUAUAUCCACUUGGUAAAGGAUCAUGUGUCUAUUGCAAAUGAUCUGGGAUCAUGGAAGAAGGAGAAACAGGCCUUUGAUUCAGGAAAGGUUUUGUAUAUGAUCAAUGCGGUUGAUGUGAUGAACAAACUGGUUUCCCGGCACACUACCCAGGCAGCUGUGGCUAUAACACAGGCUCUCCAGCUACACAUCGAGACUGAAAUUGAUGCCGAAAUUGAGCGGCUGAUCUCUGAAAAUGCCUUAACAGCAGAGGAGUGGCGCUUUGUUGAUGGUACCUUACGUAUGAUCAGUGGAAAUGUUCUUUGCUCCAUAGUCAUGUCACGAUACGGGGGGAGGGAUUCAGAAUAG